AUGCCAGCUCCAGCCGUUUAUGUUAUAGCUGUCCUGGGAACUGUCGCUGCGGGCUUUGCGUUCAAGGAGUACGUCUACGAUCCACACAUCAAACCGAAAGUAAGACAAUGGCAAACUGAAUUUGCCGCUGGGAGGGAGGCGAGAAGGAGACGCCGGAUGCCGGUCGCAGUUUCGGUUCCCGUCAAUCAUAGUGAUGAUUCAGACGAAGAAUCUGAUAGCGGAAAGUCUCGCGGAUAUGAGAUGGAGACAUUGAACCCGACCCAAGUUCGCACUCGCACGAGGACCUUGUCGAGGGAAGGUAUAGAAAGCUGGAGAACUGGCAUCCAGUCUACUAUUUCCGCUACAACUUUGAGGAAGAGGAAUACUGCAACUACCUCAACGAUGCCCGCCGAUUCACGAUCACUAAUCUCCCCGUCAUCAUCAACGCUGGUCGAUAGAUCGCGGCAGACACGCGAAUUAACACCCCUCAUUCCAAUACAAACCGGAGCUGAAUUAGGAAAUGAAAUGAAUACACAUAUCCUCACCGACGUUGACACCGAAACCAUCUCAGAUUCUACCUCCCCUUCCACGUCUUCGUUCCGCCAGCUACCUUCUGAAGCCUCUAUCAUUUCCACGUUCGAUUUUAAUGCACCUGAGACACCUGCACCAUCGAGUACAAUAAUGAUCUCGACGGAUAAUACAGGAACGAGCUUCGAGCAGCUCGAUGUACGUGAUGUACUUGAUUUGUCGUCUUUGUCAUCUCUCGGCUCGUUACAGAAUCUGGAUAGAAUGUCUAGCCCUGUAGGCCCCGCGACGGCCGUGGACCCUCCUUCUGACCCCAACAACAAUCCCUUCCUGGACCCGAAUUCUUCUCCCUUGACCACUGUCCACGCGUUAAGCCCGUUGAACCACUCCACUUAUCCUACGUAUCCCUCGUAUCCAACUACCCAACCGAAUAUGUGGUCAUCCAACCCCUCCAUCUCAGAAUCCAAUACUUCAUCGCCAUCCAUGAUCCCGUCACUGUCCCUCUCUUACCCUAUUCCGAGAGCAGACAUAGAGGACGGUGUAGUGUUACUCAGCCCCCCGAGUUCCGACGCCUACAGCUCGUACAGCGUACCUACCUCAAGAGCGAUGUCUCCCGCUGUUUCUGAGGCCUUCACCACUUUGUCUGGGGUUUCAGAGGUGUCUAGGAUGUCCAUGCCAGCAUCGGCGUCGGCAUCUGUAGAAUCAUUAUCAGAGUUUUCGGAUUUCUCGGUGUUGGAAAGUGCCAGUGACAGAUCAGGUCCAGUUUCUAGAAUUGCUUCACCUUUGCUUAGUACAGGUACAAAUUCACGUCCUGCUCAGCAGGCGAUACAGACAAUGAGUAUAACUGGUGGGAGGCCGCCUUCAAUGAGCAGAUUGGGAGGGAGUUCGCUAAGUGUCGGAAAUGAUAGGGAAGAGAGAACUCCUACAGGGAGAUAUCUUUCUCGAGAAGAAAUCCAACAUCUCAUUGAUACGCAUUCGACUCGGAGAAACAGGGAGGCGUAA